UUUUCAGGCAGCAGUCCACAUGUGUAUUUCAUCCUGAAUGCUGGCCCAGGAGGUGCACACCACAGCAUGCUGUUGUGAAGCUGGAACAUAUUAGGGCAGAAUGCAGUCUUCAAACCACAGAUUACGAGAUAUGGAGCAGCACCAUCCGCUGCUGUCAGCAGGUGCGGAUGUCGAGACAGGUAGCCUUGCAGCCGGAGUGAUGGUUGGAGGUCCACAUGUGGGUCACACAGCCGGAAACCGCACUCUGUGGUUUAUUCAGGACAGCUGUGGUAUGGUGUGUGCAACCAUGACCUGGUUCCUGGUUCUGUACGCUGAAUUUGUUGUGAACUUCGUCAUGCUUUUGCCUGCCAAGAACUUCUGGUACUCGCUGUUGAAUGGUGCUACCUUCAACUCACUGGCUGUGCUUGCGUUGGCCUCGCACCUGCGCACCAUGCUGACUGACCCGGGCGCAGUUCCCAAGGGUAACGCAACAAAGGAAUAUAUGGAGAGCUUGCAGUUGAAGCCUGGCGAGGUCAUCUACAAGUGCCCAAAGUGCUGUAGCAUCAAGCCUGAGAGGGCACACCACUGCAGUAUUUGUAAACGAUGCAUCAGGAAGAUGGAUCAUCACUGUCCCUGGGUCAAUAACUGUGUGGGAGAAAAGAACCAGAGAUUCUUUGUUCUUUUCACUGUAAGUACACAGUUGCAAAUCAGCACUUCUUUCUGGUUUCAGUGCAGUGAGUUCUCUCCGGGGGUGUCUGUGCUGCUGCUUAUCUUCCUGUGUCUCGAAGCCAUCCUCUUCCUCACUUUCACAGCUGUAAUGUUUGGUACGCAGAUCCACUCCAUCUGCAAUGACGAGACGGAAAUUGAACGUCUUAAAAACGAGAAACCCACUUGGGAGCGUCGCAUGAGAUGGGAUGGCAUGAAAGCUGUAUUUGGGGGUUCGCCAUCUUUGCUGUGGUGCAAUCCGUUCACAGGCCUGCGUCUGCGGCGCCUAAUGCUGUUGACCCACGGUCGCCGUGGUGGGUCUGAGUUUUCUGUCUGAGAAGACUGCAGACUGAUGCAACUCACCGACACCUCACCGUGUCUGGUGUGGUGGAAAAAAAGGAUUUCUUCUAUGCCCUCUUCGACUGGAGCUACCAUGAACCUCCUGCGGCGUCUUUCCUGAGUAGGUGACAAAACAUUCUGCAGUAAUGGGACCCAAGUGUAUCACAAUCACUACUGAGAGUCUGUGUUGUCUAUCACAUGCUGAUGUGGAUCCAACACAUGUGAUAUUGCUUUGCACAAAUCAGAUGAACAACAGGAUUUUUUUUUUGCAGGGUGGGCAAAAUGAGGAGCUAUGUGGUUUGUGUUGUUUGGUAACGCAUGCAGUACGUAACUCAAGUGAGUCUUUUUAUUCCCCACCAUCCAAGAUGCUGUUUGAACUCAACUAAUGCACCUUGGGACACAACUUGAGUAUGUUUUGUUUGCUGUGCACAUGAGAUUGGAGAAAAGUCUUUGAAUAAUUUUUUUUUGAGGGAUGGAUCAACAACAUCUUUCAUCAUCACUGGAGCCACACAAGUGGGUCGAAAUGGAAAGUGCUUGAAUUAUUUUUCUUUUGGCCCAGACAAGAGAACCACUGACAAGGGAUUCACAGUCAAGGACAUGCACUACUUACAUGACACUUGAGGAAAAAGCUUGGUUAUGGAGCACAGUGGUCAUUAGAGUUUGAACUGUGCUGCAUGUAUAAGGCUUCAUUCAGCAUCUUAGUCUGAAAAUGAGGCUUUAAUCAUCUUAACAAGCUACAAUGAACACAAUGCUCAUUCUUAUCUAGGAGCUGGCUUUUUCUAUCUCUUCAUCUCUGUUGUUUUUUUUUGUUGGGGGGGGUCCUCGAGAUAAAGUUGUUUAGGUUACUCGAGCUAAAAGAAAUUUAUUGGUGAAGCUUUAUCACCAUGUGCACACCUCAGCAGAUGACCAUGACUCACAGGAGACGACUACUGCUAGUCUUCAUUUGGACAAAACAUUUUGUAAUAAUUGUAUAUGUGUAUCCAUUUCCAUCACUCCUACAUGCUGAUCAACAUCUCCUUAUCUCUGCAAUCAGUUAAACAACAGGACAACUGAUGGCUGUGCUUUCAUGAUGACGUGAAUUAGGCCGAAGACUAAAUGUUACUAAGUUUGCGUUGUUUAAUGUCAUGUUUUGUUUUGU